CCUUGUCGCUAAAGCAGAGAAGCCGCUUCUCCUGGGCCCACGAGGCAGCCAUCUCAUGCUCUGCUGAGCACGGUGCCAUGUUUCUGAAACUCCUACUGCUCCUGGCCCUGCUGGGCCCUGGCAGCAGCCUCCAGCUGUGGGAGACCUGGGAGGAUGCAGCCGAGGAGGCCCCAGGCCCCCUGCUUGUCCGUGGCCGGAGAGAAGUGGAUGAGGACGACUCCGACAUAUAUGACUAUGACAUACAGACGGACCCUCCAGAAAUGCUUAACUAUAGCACCGAGGCCCCCAAGCUUCUGCCUGUGACGGGAACAUUGGAGCAGAGAGAGUCGGCAGGGCCUUUAACACCUGAGCCAACCACUCUGGAGGUGGCCACAAGGGACCCUGCUGUCCUGGAUGCCGGAGGGGCAGCCACUGGGAAUCUGAGCAUGGAACUGGUCAUACUGGUCACUCUGACCAAAGAACCAGUCACUGUAAUCCCUCCCAUCAUGGAGGAUCCAUCCACAGAAUCAGCUGCAGUGGAGGCCCUGUCCACAGGGCCAGCAGGCAGAAUGGCACUGGCCACAGAGCCUGCAGCCACAGAGGCUCUGUCCACAGAGACCCUGCCCACGGAGCCAGCAAGCACAAUGGCACCGGCCACAGAACGCACAGCCAGGGAGGCCCUGUCCACAGGGGCCAUGUCCACAGAAUCCACUGCCAUGGGGGCCCUGUCCACGGAGGCCCUGUCCACAGAAUCCACUGCCACGGAGGCCCUGUCCACAGAACCGACGGCCACGGAGACCGUGUCCCCAGAGGCCCUGACCACAGAAUCCACUGCCACAGAGGCCCUGUCCACAGAAUCCACUGCCACAGAGGCCCUGUUCAUGGAACCCACAGUCACAGAGGUUCUGUCCACGGAACUGGCCACCACAGCAGUUCUUUCCAUGGAGCCCACUACCACAGGGGCCCUGCCCACAGAUCCAGCCACUGUGAAGACCCUGCCCACAAGACCUGCUACCACAAGGGGCCUAACCACAGCCCUUCCUGUGCCCUCUGAUCCUCCCAAGAGCACCAUUGUGGCAGUUGGCAAUUCAUCUGAUGACUUGAUCUACAAAUGGAAAAAUGGUCAGAGUCUUUUCCCCCGGAGCUCCGUGGCCCCAAGCCCCACAGAGGGCCUGCUUGACCCCAGCUCAGUGAAGCAGUGUCUGCUGGCCAUCCUCAUCCUGGCCCUGGUGGCCACCAUCUUCCUCGUAUGCACCGUGGUGCUGGCCAUCCGCCUGUCCCGCAAGAACCACCUGUACCCCGUGCGCAAUUACUCCCCCACUGAGAUGGUCUGCAUCUCGUCCCUGCUGCCCGAUGGGGGUGAGGGGCCAGCUGCCAUGGCCAAUGGGCGCCUGCCCAAGGCCAAGAGCCAGGGCCUGAAGGCGGGGCCUGGGGAGGACCGCGAGGGGGAUGACCUCACCCUGCACAGCUUCCUCCCUUAGCUCCCGGCCCGGCUGCCUGAGCAGGAUCAGACCCCCAAGUGGCCUCCAUAGCCUGCUGGGCCACCACCCAUACCCAGGCUCUAUGCCAUGGGUCCGGGCUUCCUUGGAGCCCCCUGGGGAUGGGAAUGUUCAGGAUGGGAACCCUGGCCGCCCUACACGGGACUGAGAGCAGCCAAGGUCCAGGCACCAAAGCAGGCCUGGCAAACGGAACCUCCAGUGGAGGCUGGAGAGGCUCCCUCCACCUCCCUGCCUCCCAUGUGUUCUUGGCCCCCUCUAACGCCUCCCACAGCUGCUGGAAUCCCAUCCCCAUGUGCCCAGGAGGACUCAGGGUUCCCUGCCCACACCCCCACUGCCACUUUCUUCUGGUGGCCAUGGUCACCGCACAGGAAGGGGGCACUUUUGGGGGGGAGUACGGCAUUCCUGAGUUCAUUUCCUGUCACUCCCCAUUUGGGGUAUCUCUCCCAGGAGCCCAGGGUGAGGGCUGGGUAUGUGAGGGCUGGGCAGGCUUGGAAAGCCCAAGGCUACAGGCUUCUUUGGGACUUUGUGGACCAAUGAGCUUCCAUCUGAUGAUAGAGUGACCCCCGUCCCGCCCUCCC